CGCGCCCCAUUAUGUUCCCAACAGCUGACAGACGGUGAAAGCCACUAGCAGAGAGCUGUCUGUUGGGGGAGAAGAGACCUCUCUUGUCGCUAAACUACGGGCUUCAUCGUCACGUCAAGGGACUUUUCAACAACCUUCCUUGCGUCGAGCGUCCUAUCUCGGACUAAACAACAGAAGUAGAGGCAUUGUUUAGCAGUUUGGAAGCUAGGGGACAUUGGCGCGGUCAGGUGCUUCCUUUUCCACAAUAAGUCGCCGGGGCUGCUGCAUACAUGUCGGAGUGUUAGCCAUUGCCGCUUCCCAACCAGCCCUCCCAGCCCUCCCAGCCGAGCCCAAAUGCCGAGGAAUGGAUAGUGUGUCGAGCAUGGUCGAGAGUGACGAGAAGCCGGAGAGGGACAGCGGUGGCGGCGAUGGAGGAGACUUAAUAGCCAUGGCCGCGCUCCACCAGUGCGAGCUGAUCCAGAACAUGAUAGAUAUCUCCAUCUCCAGCUUACGGGGGCUCAGGACCAAAUGCGCCGCGUCCAACGACCUCACGCAGCAAGAAAUCCGCACACUGGAGGUGAAGCUGGUGAAAUACAUCUGUAAACAGCUGCAGUGCAAGCUUAAAGUGCCAGAGACAGAGAGGCCCGAGGCCUUGGACAGCUACCCCCGUUUGCGAGACUGGCUUCGCACCAUCAACCUUCGACCAGAACUUAUCGAGGCAGUGGAAGCAAAGGUUUCCCUGGAUGCCUUACUACAGAUGGCAGGUGCUCAAGUGAGGGACACAAUGCAAAGGCUUGGCUUCACUUCAGAAGAAUGUUCCCGACUAAGUGCUGCCAUCUCCUGCCUAAAGAGUGUUGCUGAAUCUGGAGGCGAACUGAAGGAAGACAGCACUGCUUGGUUGUCUGAGCCCACCAGGAGGGACAGUGGUACUCUGCUGACUGCAGACCAGCUAUUGAGCCUGGGCAAUCCACUCCGGCCCCACAGCCCGUCACCUCUAGCCCGCCCAUCCACUAUCCAUUCAACGCCCUCUACACCCUGUGCUACUUUUCCUCAUCCCCACCUGGGCUCUGUGUCGGCGGUACACACACCCGAGGGGCAGAUGCCACAAUUUCACAGCGAAAGCCCCCUCACGGAUCCAUUUCCCAUGUCUUUAGCACGCUCAGCCCGGCUCCACGGACACACUUCCACCCCACCUAUAACGCCACCCUCAAAGCGGCGCCACCGACUGAAACCUCCUUGCACCCCUCCGCCUCCAUCCCGUAAAGUGCUACAACUCCUCCCCAACAUCACCCUCACACGCAGCAAAAGCCACGAGUCGCAGUUGGGCAACCGCAUCGAAGACCCACUCACCAACAAAUGUGUCAAAAAGAAUAAAGUGCUCCUGAAUAUGCAAGUCAAUGGGAACGGGCAUGAUGACAUGCACUCUCGCUACCCUGUUUUACCUAUACGAACCCCUGGAGUCCCCCCAGCUGCAACCACUGCGCCUUACACUCUCCCUGGCACACCCACCCUGUUGGAAGAGCAUAGCUUCAUUAAGAAUAAGAUGCCAAUGCGCCGUAACUCUCCCCAAGCAGUUAGGAGGGACUUCGGCCUUCCUGUCACACACCGAUUUUCCACCAAGUCCUGGCUCUCGCAGACAUGUCAGGUGUGCCAUAAGAACAUGAUGUUCGGGGUUAAGUGCAAACACUGUCGAUUAAAGUGCCACAACAAAUGCACAAAGGAAGCCCCAUCCUGCAGAAUCUCUUUUCUUCCAAUCGCCAAAAUUCGAAGGACAGAAUCCGUGCCGUCUGAUAUAAACAACCCAGUAGACCGUCCCUCUGAAGCACCCCAGUUUGGCACCCUACCGAAGGCCCUUACCAAAAAGGAUCACCCUCCUGUCCUCAACCAGCUGGACUCUAGCAGCAAUCCGUCCUCCACUACCUCAUCCACGCCCUCCUCACCAGCACCCUUUCAACAGAGUAAUCCUCCGAGCGCCACACCGCCGCCCAACCCAUCCCCCAAAGGUCAUCGGGACAGUCGCUUCAACUUCCCAGCCGCCUGCUACUUUCAGCAUAGACAGCAGUUUAUCUUCCCUGAUGUUUCCAGUCCUGUUACUUUACACCCGGAUGUUCUGCAAAACACAGUUAGUGAGAUUGAGCAAUCAGUGGAUGACAUACAUGAUGAGCUGGUUGAAGAUGAAGAUGAAGAGGAAGAAGAGGAGGACAUUGAUGUGGAAGAAGAAGACCCUGAGCUUGAAGAGGACAAUGAGGAUGACGAGGAGGAGAACGAUGAUGAAGAGGAUGACGAGAACGAGGACGAGAUGCGGAUGAACAUGGGCUCUGAUAGUGAGUGCGAAGGCGACAAGCUGGAUGAUCUGCCCUGCCCUCGAGGGAAUCAGUGGAAGGUCCCCAUUUCCCGCAAAGCCAGCCAGACCAGUGUGUACCUGCAGGAGUGGGACAUCCCCUUUGAGCAGCUGGACCUUGGAGAACUCAUAGGGAAGGGCCGCUGGGGAAAGGUGCACAAAGGUCGGUGGCACGGCGAGGUGGCCAUCCGACUUCUGGAAAUCGACGGGAACAAUCAGGACCACCUGAAGCUCUUUAAAAAGGAAGUGAUGAAUUACAGGCAGACGAGGCAUGAAAACGUGGUGCUCUUCAUGGGGGCCUGCAUGGCCCCGCCCCACUUAGCCAUCAUCACCAGUUUCUGUAAAGGGAGGACGCUGUAUUCUGUCGUGAGAGAUACUAAGAACACUUUGGAUAUCAACAAGACCAGACAAAUUGCCCAGGAAAUUGUAAAGGGCAUGGGAUACCUGCACGCUAAAGGCAUCGUCCACAAAGACUUGAAGUCAAAGAACGUUUUUCACGAUACCAACAAGGUUGUGAUCACUGAUUUUGGUCUUUUUGGGAUCUCUGGAGUUGUUCAGGAAGGAAGGCGGGAGAAUCAACUAAAACUUCCACAUGGCUGGAUUUGUUACUUGGCGCCAGAAAUUGUGCGCAAAAUGAGCCCCGGUAACAAUGAGGACCGACUACCUUUCUCCACCGCAGCAGACGUGUAUGCCUUUGGCACAAUUUGGUACGAGCUCCAAGCAAGGGACUGGCCAAUCACCAACCAGCCUGUGGAAGCAACCAUCUGGCAGGUUGGGAGUGGAGAAGGUAUCAAAAAGGUCCUGGCAGAGAUCAGCCUGGGGAAAGAAGUCACUGAGAUCCUCUCGGCCUGCUGGGCGUACGAGCUGCGUGAGCGGCCCACCUUCACGCAGCUGGCCGACAUGCUGGAGAAGUUGCCCAAGCUCAACCGCAGGCUGUCUCACCCUGGGCACUUCUGGAAGUCUGCGGAGUAUGUAUCUUCCUAGGAUAUGGACAUGUGGAAAUAAAGAUCUGCUGAUUUUU